CCCGGGCACCCCCGGCCGCCGGCGCGCAGGGAGUUAACCGCGGCCGGUGCUGCGGCCCCCGCUCGGGGCGGUGCGGGGCGGUGCCCGCCGGCGGCGGGAGGCGGCUCGGCCAGGGUUGCCCACAGCCCGGCCGGCUGCAGCGAGAGGCCCUGCUCGGUUCCCAGCGGCGGGUCCCGCCGCCCCAGGUAGAAUCAUACAUGGCUUCUGGUGUCUCAAAUGAGAAGAAAACUGAUGACGAAAAGUCUUCAAAAGAGAAUUUUAUCCAUCUCUGCAACCCUCACCUGGAGAAAAUGAAAGAAGACAUCCUGUACCAUUUUGCUCUUGGGACUGGUACCCAUGAUUUCCCGGCACUGUUUGGAGAUGUAAAGUUCGUAUGUGUUGGAGGAAGUCCUUCACGGAUGAAAGCUUUCAUUGCCUACAUAGCUGAAGAACUGGGGCUUGGGAGCCCUGGUUGUGACUAUCCUAACAUCUGUGCGGGAACUGACCGUUACGCGAUGUACAAAGUGGGACCUGUUUUGUCAGUCAGUCAUGGUAUGGGAAUUCCUUCUAUUUCAAUCAUGUUGCAUGAGCUGAUCAAGCUGUUGUAUCAUGCCAAGUGUUCCAACAUAACCAUUAUUCGCAUUGGCACCUCUGGUGGAAUAGGUCUGGAGCCAGGCUCGGUGGUUAUAACUAGACAGUCUGUAGAUGCCACCUUCAAACCUCAGUUUGAACAGGUUAUUCUGGGAAAGUCUGUAAUCCGCAGUACAAACCUGGAUGAACAGCUAGCUAAGGAACUGAUGCAAUGCAGUAAAGAAAUCCAUCAAUUCAAUACAGUCAUUGGAAAUACUAUGUGCACUUUGGAUUUCUAUGAAGGACAGGGCAGAUUGGAUGGUGCAAUCUGCUUAUACAGUGAAGAAGAAAAACUGCAGUAUUUGAAGGAAGCUUAUGAUUCUGGUGUCAGAAACAUAGAGAUGGAGUCUUCUGUAUUUGCUGCAAUGUGUAAUCUCAGUGGUGUCAGAGCUGCUGUAGUGUGUGUCACUCUUCUGAAUCGGCUUGAAGGGGAUCAGAUUAGUAGCUCACAUGAUGUACUUGUGGAGUAUCAGCAGAGACCGCAGAAGUUAGUGGGAUAUUUCAUUAAGAAAAGUCUUGGGAAAGUAUGAAAUAUCCAUCUUUGGCUUAUAGAAGCAGAAGACUUUUGCACAGCUGAAGUCAUGGUCAUGACUUCUGUGCAUUAAAGGUGUUUUGCCUCAGAAUACCUUACAGCGUUCAGUACGUAUGUGGAAGUUAAUCAUUUAUGUCACUGUACUUCGGGAACUGAAUGUGCUGAAUGCACUUCAGUUAAGUUUUGCUUAGUUAUGCGUUGCUGGAUAUAAGACUCACUUUUCUGUGAAUUGGAAAGUGGAUUUGUUGUGAAGGACAAGCCUGCUAGAAUACAUGAAAAAUCUUUAUUUCUCCAUGCUAUAAAAGACAAACUAGGGAGAAAAUCAAACUUUAUUGCCAAGUACUUACAAACCACCAAAUUAAAAUUAAUUUAAGAAUGCUAGUCCCUUUCCUGUUGUUAUAAUAAAUUAUAUAAAUUAUAAUUGUCUUUGUUGCUUCAGUUGUAAAGAAAAGUUAAAGUGAACGCAGUUUAUUUUUUGCAAACUUUGACAAAUAAACAAUACUAUUUUCAUGUAUUAAAAUUUAAUGAAAUUGCAAAGUGUGGGACUGAAUUUUCUAAGUGUUAAGGACUUGACACUCAGCUGUUGAAUAUCUGUACUUCCUACAUAUUGAUCCAACAAGGUCAUUCAUAUCCCAUUUUAACUAUAUGAUUUAAUCAAUACCUAGGAAACAUUUAUACGUUAAGUCAUUUUGCACUGAAGAACUGGAAACCUUUUGCUGAAUCAAGGCUUCUGCUUACUGAAGAGGACCCAAAGGCAUUCAGGAGAUGCACAGCAUGUUCACAGGACUGUAUUGUGGUAGUUCUUUUUUUUUUUCCCUUUUACUUUGUUUCUUUUAAAUUGGUUUUCAUGUCCAUGACUGUAGGACGUGACGCUCACUGGUACAAUGGUGGUUCCCAGUUCUUCUGAAGAACUGGAGAAUACAUAGUGACUGUACAUGCCAUCAAAACCAUUUCUACAGUUUUUUUUUUCCACUACCAUUAGGUUUUUUAAAGUCAUACUAAUUUCUGCUUUGCUGCUGUGGUUAGAAUAUAAAUACAAGGUCAGCUAAAGAAAAAUGCAUUUAUCUUUUUUAUCUGUAUUUCUCUCAGAACAGCUGUCACUGAUCCAGCUAAGUGAGAUUUUCUUUCCGAGGACUGUAGUCUGCUACACUGUUAACAAGCGUAAGAGUUAAAUCUAAGAGGGAGUGAUGUAGUAGUAGGCACAUUUACCAAGAAGUGGCAGAAACUAGAAACAAUGCAAUGAAAACACUGAAAAAGAAAGGGAUGACGCUUGUGAACAGGAAACUGCCAAUGAGGAUUAGUCUCUUUAAUUUUGCUAAAUUUUCAACUGGAGAACAUAUAAAAAGAUAAAAAUAUUAGAUUUUUUAAAAUGUACUGGUUUGUUUUUCCUUUAAUUUGAAAAACACAUUUUCUCGUUUAUGCUCAGGAUAUACAGUGAAUGCAGGUUUACAGAGAAAGCGUAUUUUCCCUUUAAGCUUAAGGGAAGGAGUCAUGUGGUAAUGGCUCCACAUUUUGUUUGAACUGUCUCUCCCCUAUUUAAAAAAAAAAAAAAAAUCUUUGUUUAACUAUGCCUAGUCCUUGCAUGGGCAUUGCACGAAGCCCAGUGAGGUCCCUUGGGAAACACACAACAAAGCACAUCCUUGCUCUGCAACCUCCUGUUCCCAGAACAGGAGGAAGGAGAUAAAAAGAUCACUUAAGAAGCAAUGUGCUGCACUCUUGGCUGAAGAAAAGCUCAUGCCAAAUUGACCAGUAUGAGUUUGGAGGAGACAGCUUGCUGUUGUAAAAGAGGUACUUAUUAUGAAUUAUCUAAAGAGGAGAAAAAAUGCCUUUAUCAAGAAAACAAAUGCUUAAUGUAGCUCUGUGAAGCUUUGACAAAGUGUAUUAUUGCAGCUGUCCUGGAGAUAGGAAUCUGAAAUGAUGUGAUUUGUCUUUCUAAAGGAAGGACUCCAAGAAUCUGGAAAUGGGUUAAAAAGAAAAAGUUCUUAAAUCAUUUACCAGUGUGAACUGUCAAUUGAAACUACAAAUUUUUUGUAUUUAUAGUUGCAUAAAGUAGGCACUUCUAUUUUGAUAACUAAUAUGAAAACUCUUCUGUGCUACAUGCCAAAAUAUAACUAGCAUUGCAUCCUGCCUGAGUUGAAGCUAAGGUUCAAGCAUUCAUGGAGUGCUGCAACCAUUCUAUUAAAUCAAUGCACAAGACCGUAGCAGGAUUCCCUGGGAGACUUUAGCCAUUCACUUUUUGCCAGUAUGUCCUUUCUCCUUUCCACUCUUCCUUAGGACAUUGUUCUUUUCCUUCUGCUAAAAUAUUUUUCUUCUGUGCUUCCUAACGGAUGGAGUAAAAGGGUGUAUGACAACUUAAAAUUGUAAUUCAAAGGAGACCAAAUACCCUUUUGUUUCUGCUGGUCACCAUCUUGCAAUGCUGUAUUCCUAAUGCAAGAGGGAGCUCUACAGACACAUCUUACGUGCAAUAAAAUACUUUCCUUAGCUUCAGAGGAAACUUGCCAGUGUUACCCUGAUAAGAACAAUUGUAGUUUCCCUUUUGACUGCAGUUGGACAGGGAGAUAAAGAAAUGAGUCAGCUGUGUGCAUCUGGCAGUGGUCACCCUUCCUGUAGGUUUUACAAAGAUGUCCAUAAAGAAUUCUAAAAUAUUUGACACGGUUUUAUAUGCAACCAAUUCUUUAAUAUUAGCCAUCCACAUUCUUCCUGUAGAACAUGAAUCAGGAUUUGGAGUAGUGAUAUUUUUAAAAGCAUAUAUGAUAUUACAUACCUGUUUGAUAUUAGAUAGUGCAGUGUCUCCUGGUAGAUCUACAAAUCCUGCAAAUGCCAGAAACCUCAAUUUCAAAUCCAAGGCCUGCAUUUGUUCUCUAUGCCACCCUGUACCUAGCAAUACUCUACAGAAUCAGUGUACUCCAGAGAUCAUAAGGGAUAAAAGCAAAGAAGUUAGAAGAUAAAAUAGGGUGGAAGUGUGAAGGGAGAAAACUGGUUUCUAUCAAUGUUUUUUUGUGUGAUUCAUGGUAUUCUGGCCUGUUCCUACCUUUUUGUUAAAUAAAUGGUUGAAGCCAUAACGAAGAUAGGCUAGAAUGCAUUUGUUUCACAUUUGCAAGAGACUGAGAAUGUGCAGUAACUUGAUUAGUGAUUGAAGGAAUAGAUUUUUAUUUUUGGCAUCUUGAUACACUUCAGAGAAGGGUGCUCUUUAAUGGAAGGUAUGAGAAAUCCUGAAAAGGAACGUUUUGUAUGUGACCGAUUGCCAGAAGUGCUUAGAGUAUAAACAUUUUUAUCUGUCCUUUAAAAAUCAAGUGAAAUAAUUCAAUAAUUUCACUAUUUCUUGAAAAUAUACACAUAUAAUAUGCAAUAUGUAUUUAAAAAUACCCUUCCUUAAGUCCUUGCAAAGGAUUUUCAGUGCACUAUGUAACAGAACUGGAUUUCCUUCUCAAGUCUGGAUCUCAGUGUAUUCCUAAAUAAAGUGUUUAUACAGUUGAA